UCGCAUAAUAUGUCUGAAGACCGCAGGAAGAUGAACCGUUCGAGUACUGGAACGGUGCCUAAAAUCAAAUGCAGGAAUAACACUACUUCGUGCCCCAACGAACGUGAUAGUCCUCGCAGUUGGACCAACAACUUGACGGGCGAUUUCCACCGCCUCAACCUCUCUGACUACUUGAGGAAUUCCAGACGAAAUCAUUGCGCCAUGAACGUCGGUACCGUCGAAGAGCAGCGCUUGAAUCCUGCGUUAAACGGUUCCAUCACUCCAAGUUCAUCCAGCUCACGCCGUAACUCUUCGGGAACGGUGCCCAAGUGCGACAACAUCACCAAGUAUCCAGACAAGAGACAAAUUGAAGACAAGUUGAGUCAAAUCCAAGAGUAUCUCCAAAUCACCACUUCACUCAUGUCCAGUAUGAAGAAUACAGAUGAUCAGUCGUAUAUUCAGUUGGGAGACGCCAAUAAUUUGAUGCAAAUGAUUAACGAUUUGAGAGACAGUGAGGCGAAAUUGGUCAACAUUUUAGGAAAUAUUGAGGCGGAGGAACAGGUGAAGGCUGACCGCAAUGACAAUUACUCAGAGAGUGCAACAUCACAUCACAAUGACCUUGACGAAAAAAUCGACCAUACAAAUCGCGAAAUGGAAAUGUUGAGAGACCAACAAAUGUCACUGUUGUGUUUACAACAAAAAGCCGAGAACAAAUUGAAAGAUGCUCGUCAGAUCCAAGAAAAAUUACUGACGGCUUCUCAAUAUGAUGUUAACAGUAGUAUCAACCAACGCAAUAAGAAUUUGAGCAGUGUGCAGGACUUUGAUAUCGCCAUUCGAGAAUUGGAAGAGAGAAGUAAAAGACUGAAUGAACCUCGAGGUUCAAAUUCGAAUCUCCAAGACAAGCUUUUGGCCGAAAUGGACAGUCUGCAAAGUCAGAUCGUCACAAUGCACAACAUCAACGACGAUCGAAAUCAAUUAAUUCAAGUUUUGGAUAAUCGAGACACCGAAUUGCGAGCCCAACAUUUAGAAUUGCAAAAUAAAUUGAGCGAACUUCAGAAUAAAAAAUCACAAGUUGAUCAAUUAGUGGCGCAAUUGCAAGUUUUGGAAGAAACUGAUGAAGACGAUGUUGGUGCACAAGUCAGGAGAAUCGUAACAAUGAAAGAACAAUUAUCGAAAUUAAAAGAUAUGUUGGAAAUUGUCAAAACUACGGAGCUGAAUUCGAACGCAUCACAAGAAGAACAAGAUCUAGCAUGUGGAAUAUGUACGAAAGCGGAGAAUUUUUUACAGAAAGAUGGGGAGAAAAGAAGAACUCCGUUGAAUAAACAAGUGAAUAAGAAUGCAUGUGAUCGGGGUUUUGGAGGUGCUAAGCCUAAAAGUCGAACGAAUAGUAAUAAAGUGGCGCUUCAAGUGGAACUAGAAGCAAAAAAGAGGGAAUUGGAAGAGAUCAUGGGCAAACAUAAAGCUGGUACGUCAAACUUAAAUCACGAUGUUGGCACUGACAAUAAAUCGGAAUUCAGUUGUUCAAGUAAUGCGUAUUUUGAUUGGGCGCCAAUCAUGUCCGACCAUAAUAGAUUUGACUCAAGUGACAGUGACGAAUAUUCUGACCCGAACCAACAAUUCGUUCUUCCAACUUUAAACUAUCCUAAAUCAGACCAUGACUAUGUUGCCCAUCACUUACAAGACACUACUACUGAUCGUCUAUCAAGUAUACCUCGAACACCUGAACGUCGCACACCGCGUGCCGCUAGCGAACAGGGAAAAAAUCAAGUACAAAAACAAUUAGAAUUGAUACGAAGUGUUUGCGAUUCUAUGUUGGACCAGCAAGGGGGAACGAACGUCAGAAAUAAUCUAACUCCAAGUUCAUUAUAUUUUGAACCCAGGCCUAUGAACACCACUGCGAUUGUGGAUCCCAACUAUCAAAGCUGGUUGGCAACAAAUACUCUUCAAACACAAGCUUUCAUGCUGAAUACGCUCAACCAAUGUUGUCAGAUGUUGUGGUUGCAACAGCGCGAAUUGAUUUCGUUGAGACAAACUGUAAAUCAAUUGCAAGAUUAUGGCGGCAAUUUGGCUUCACCUUUACAAAGUGAAUGUCGCUCAAGAUCGAAUCAAAAAGGGGGGAAUCAAGUGGCUGCGGCAUGUUCAAUGCCAAAUUUAAAUCAAUAUAAUAUCCCACCUUCCGUCAAUCUUGAUCCUUCUUCUUCUUAUCAGAAUAACAUGCAAAAUGCUCGAUUGUUAGAUCAUUGUUUGAAUAAUGUGAGUGAUCAUAAUAACAGUGUGUUGCAUGCUGUUAAUGCUAACACUAACCAAAUACCGCCAACUCAUAUGUGGAAUGGACAAGCUCUAAAUAACCAAGUCGCGCCUGGAAAUAGAGCUAACAAUUAUUGGGACAAUUUUAGAAGUUAUUCCCGCCAAAACCUUCUUUCAACGAAAAGUAAUGAAGGUUUCCAAAAUAUCUCCAAUAAUCCUUUUACAUUGGUAACAACACCAAAAUGUAAUUCCGAUCAAAUGUCAUCUCAAGAGAAUACACCACGUAGAAGAACACAGUUUCGAAAUAAUAAUUCAGUUGUACCACCUGACGUCCUCAAUGUUAAUAAAGUCGAUCAGAGAAACAUAAACGAGUGCGAUUACAACAAUGAAAGCAAUUCGACCAUUUCAGAAGAACAUACGAUUUUUAAAGAAUCAGCAAGUCGACGAAACGAAUGGCACGAAGAGCAAGUUGAUGAUCAUCAUACCAAGUCGAAAUUGUUUGAAGAAUUGCGCGAAAACGUCUACAAAGAAGUGGUGACUCUUAUUUCGGCCAAUGAGACACGUCCACAUUUCCUCAUUCAAUUGUUUCGUGAUUUACAAAUGAUCAGUUCGGAUCCGUUACGACUUAAAAUUCUACAGGCAAUUCAAACAAUAAUUACGCAUAAUUUAACAACGAAUCACACAAAUAGACAAGUUUUUGAGCCACAACAAAGCGAACCGAUUGACUUGCAAUCAACCGUUUGGUCAAAAAAAAUAAUAAAAAAUCAAACAGCCACGUCACGUAACACUUUGGAUGAUAAUCGAGUGAUAAAAGAAAUAAUUCCGUUUCUCAACGAUCACGAGGACGAUAGUAUAACUCAUCCAUUUUUGGUGAGUCUAAAGCAAGUUCUACUCGAAUCUGAGUCGUUUCAAGAAACAGUGCGAGACUCGGUUUUCAAGAAACAUUUUUCCAAUGUUUUGGAUGAGGUUUUAGCACAGUAUCAGGGCAAAAAAGUUCAUGACGUGAAGAUGCAUUUUAUUCAAACCGUCAGUGAUUUAUUGAGAGGCGAAUUGUCUUUCAUUCAGUUGAUACAGGAUACGUGUCCUGAUGGUGGCGAACUCGAAACGUUUGAAACUAAUGUUAAUCAAGAAGUAACCAUACAAAAUGGUGAUUUAGCUGAAGCCGAUCAAGGGAGGGUGGAAGAGGAUGAUGGGGAAGUGGAGGAGGAAGGAGCGGUUGGGGGAUUUUGGGAAUUACCGUUGGAGGUUUCUGAAGAUGUAGAGGUGCCAUCCACCGAGUUUCAGAACAAUGCAGAAGCACAGACUCAAUUUAUUAAGCAAGGUUUGGAUCAAGUACCGACUCGUUUGCCGACUAAAUCCCCUUCAAAUACUCCGAGUAAAGAUCGGUCAACUUCAUCACGUUCCGAUCAUCACGAUCUGUUUUAAUUUAUUCGUUAGUUUAUAUCGAGAUUAUUUUGAAUAAAAUUAAAAUAAAUCUUUCAA